CAGUUUCAGAGACCCGUCACUAAGGUGACAUCUGGUCGCACAUGCUUUUACUUUGCUGACAAAUGUCUCAUUGAUCUCAAAUAACUAAAAUGCGUCAUUUAUAAUUAUUCAUUUGCUUCAUUGCAAACAAUAGGUACAGUUUAUGUAUACAGUUCUAUUCAUUUGCCUUCGCGUUAAAUGCACACGGAUCAGUUCCUUAUUGCCGCACACGCCUGUUCCUGUUGGGAGCAUCUGCCGGGUUGGAGCGAACGGGAGGCUUCGGCAGCUCCGCCCCUGUGGAUUACGCAAGUCUGGACUCAGGACUUGUUCCCUUUACAAAGCGGUUGUCGAGUGGCCAAACAUUUCCUUUGUGAUAAAACACCGAUCCAGAAACUACAAUGGGGCUGCUGUAUGGCUGCAGUGCUUUGCUGCUCCUCGUCAUCCUUGCUCCCAGAGCCUAUGAAGCAGGCAACAUCUUGGUCUUUCCUACUGAAGGGAGCCACUGGGUAAACAUGGACAUUCUCCUUCAAGCUCUGCACUCACAAGGGCACAACAUCACUAUUGUUCGCUCCAGUAAAAGUUGGUACGUCGAGGACAACUCCUCCUGUUACCAUAUAUAUACUGUCCAAGUGGAGAGGAGUCUAGAUCAGAAGUUCCUCUCAAACCUUGUGUUUCAGGCCAUUGAAUUUGAAAGGGGGGCUCUUCCCUGGAGGCGUUUUCUCCACAUGGCUGUAGGAAUGAUAGGUAUGUGUGUUGAUGUUCACAAAAUGAUAGGUGAAUAUGCAUUAGCAAUCCUGCAGGAUCAAGAGUUGAUUAGAGUAUUGAAGGACACUAAGUUUGACCUUGUUCUUACUGACCCCUGUUGGGGCACUGGAAUCAUUUUGGCCAAAUAUUUGAAUCUUCCUUUGGUCUACAAUGUUCGCUGGUUAACACCUAUUGAGGGUCACCUCGCAAUUGCUCCUUCACCUUUAUCAUAUAUUCCUAUAACUGGAUCUGGCUACACUGAUAAAAUGACUUUUUUUCAGAGAGUUAAAAACAUAUUUUUUCAUCUAAUACCUCACACACAAAAUUACCUAGUGGCUAAGCUAGCAUAUCAGCCAAUAUGUGACAAAUAUCUUGGGCCUGAUAAUGACUUUAAUGACAUGGUGCUUGAUGCAGAUAUUUGGCUGAUGCGAGCAGACUUUGUGUUUGAGUAUCCACGUCCCACCAUGCCCAAUGUUGUGUACAUCGGCGGCUUCCAGUGUAAGCCUCCCAAACCUCUGCCUCAGCCGUUUGACGACUUUGUGCAGAGUUCUGGGGAACAUGGAGUCAUAAUUAUGUCUCUGGGAACUUUUGUAAGUGAACUUCCUGCUGAAAUAACAAAGAAGAUCGCUGCUGUUUUUGCCGAACUACCUCAGAAGGUCAUCUGGAAACACAAAGGUGCCAAACCAGACAACCUGGGCAACAACACUUUAGUAGUGGACUGGAUGCCACAGAAUGACCUGCUUGGACAUCCAAAGGUUAAACUGUUUGUGGCCCAUGGAGGAACAAAUGGAGUGCAAGAAGCUAUUUACCAUGGAGUACCAGUGGUAGGCCUUCCUCUGUUCUUUGACCAGUACGACAACCUGCUGCGACUGAAAGAGAGAGGUGGGGCUAAGCUGCUAACCAUUCAAACAGUGGACAAAGAUAACAACUUCCUGGAGGCCAUACAGGAAGUCUUGAAUGAGCCCUCCUACACUCUGAGCAUGCAGAGACUCUCCAGGCUGCACAGAGACCAGCCCAUGGAGCCGCUGGACAACGCUGUCUUCUGGAUAGAACACGUUAUGAGACAUAAAGGUGCCAAUCACCUAAAAGCAGAGUCUUACAGGCUGCCCUGGUAUGUCUACCACUCUGUGGAUGUAAUUGUGUUUGUGGCUGGGGCCGUCCUGCUCUUCUUGUUAACCGUUUUCUUCUCAAUUAGGUGUUUAUACACUGUGAUGUGUAAGCGUAAAGUGAAACGUGAUUAAGGCAUAUAUAUAUUAAGUAAAUACCUUGAAAAAAUAUGGCUUUAAAUAUCCACUUCCAGCUGUGCCCAACCUUGUGUACAGUACAUUCCAGUCUUCGACUGGUGAUCUUCUACUCUGACUUCUAAUACUUCUACUCUGAUGACUUGGCUGUUGAGAUUGCUUCACCAUUAGAUCAGAAAGUCAUCUGGACAUAUACGUGAGACAGAUCAGUCAGUCUGGGCUUUACUGGUCGACUGGAUGCCAUAGAAUGACCUCAUGGGACACCCUAAGAUUAAACUGUUUUUAAGUGUUGUGGGACCAAAUGGAGUCUUUGAGGCUAUAAAUCACAAGGUUCUAGUUGUAGGAAUCCCUGUUUUUUUGAUCAAGCUGACAACCUCUCCACACUAAAAGCUGAGGUGUUGCAGAGGGUAAAAAUGUUUCUGAAAUGGAUAGGAAAACCUUUAAAACUGUCAAACAAAACAUCCUCAACCAGCCCUUCUACACUGUGACUAAAAACGAAGGCGUAAUGUAGAAAGUGUAUAUAACUGCAGAGCAUUCGUCAUUUGCUGUUUUUUCAUAUCAGUUAAAUGUUUUGUCACUGUGCCAAGGACAAAACCCUUUUUCUCAGACGCCCUGUCCUUCAUGUUGUACAGACUAAUAAAACUGAUACCAGUG